AUGCUCAUGUUCGCCGUCAUCGGCAUUUGCGUCUUUGUCGGUAUUGCUGCACUUACCGGCUACCUGUUGCUGGGAUCAUCGGAUGUCGAAGACGCUGCAGAAGGGGACGUCUAUGGAGGAAGCGGUGGUGGCGGUGGCGGUGGCGGUGGAGGGGGCGGUGGAAGCAGCUAUCCACCUGCAGGGCCUCCAACUACGCCUAAGUCGCAUGUUUCGCCUACUGAUGUCUCACCGGCCGUCCCCUCAGCUGGUGUCCCCCCACCUGGUGUUCCCCCACCUGGUGUCCCCCCACCUGGUGUGCCCCCAUCUGGUGUGCCCCCACCUGGUGUGCCCCCAUCUGGUGUGCCCCCACCUGGUGUCCCCCCAUCUGGUGUCCCCCCAUCUGGUGUGCCCCCACCUGGUGUACCCCCGCAAGCAAUCUCUCCAACAGGAGUCCCUCCCUCAGUCAUGCCUCCUCCACAUUUGCCGUCACCCACUACGCCAAGUCCUACACCAAGUCCUACGCCAAGGCCUACGCCGAGACCUACGCCAAGAUCGACACCAAGACCGACGCCCCGACCAACGACUCCAACUACUACUACUAGAAGGCCAUUCUCGGUCAACGAGCUGGUCUGUACGGUCGGGGCCUUCGCGAUCUACCCCAGCAUGAUCCCGACGGACGGCCUGUGCAAUUACGUCUACUACAGCGACGUGAUAAUGGCUCGCGACACCCUCUACGGUGCCCUGGUCGCUGACAGCUGGACGAUGUUCCAGAGCGCGAUGGGGACGCGCACUCGCACUUCUGGUGGCAUCGGCUUCGAUAUCCGGUACUCAACCGCCGCUGGGGUCAGCGCUGGGAUAGAGAAGAAGCUAAACGAACUUGUGAACAAAAACAUCAAGCACUAUGGUGUGCUGAACCUGUUGGAGAAAGCGGCGAAGCUGAAGAACAUGUACAGCAAAGCAAAAGAACUUCUUCAAAAACUGAAACAGGUCCAAGGCAACGACGCGACGAGAAAAACGUUAUUAGCAUUUGGAAUAUACAAUUACCGAGAAAAGGACGCGUAUGGAAUCCUGCAGGACGUUUUUGACGACGCUAUCAACAACCACGUGGCGGACACGGUCAUCAUGUACAGUUCGGUGGGGUGGAUUGAGAGACAAGGAGUAUGCUACAGCCACCCAACUUCCUUUUUCGACAAGAGCAUAUUCAAGGGAUCGGCUGUCAGGGAAGCCGGCCGGGCACCUUCCAUCAGCAGGAUUGCGCAGUUUAUGCGCAGAACCGUUCGGUACACACGGGACACCAAGAUGGGUCUUUCCUUCGAGCUCGGCACACUCGUCUACACUUUGAAGAAGGCUUAUGCGGGCAACAUCGUCACGGACGAAAUGGUCAACGCUGAGUGCACCGUACUCUUCGUCACCAGCCUGGACGUUGCGCCUUGCAAGGCGGAUUUGCUGCUUAGGCGAGUUGAGCUGUUCGAAGACGUCAACGUGGCACAAGUGAAAGGCGAUAAGAAGAAGGCCAUGUUCUUCGAGAGCGAAGACACCCUCAGAAGAAAGUGCCUCAAACUGGCCCACAAUUCCACCGACUUGCGGCCGGACAUGUCCUUGUUGCUGGUGAACGCCCACCUCGGUGACCCCACCAAGAGCUGCCCCGGUCUCGACGGUCGUGAAAGGGGCGAGAUGUUUUGGCGUAUCCAAGUGGUCAAGGCAGCGCUCAAUAUAACGUGACGCCGAGCCGUGAGCAUGCAGCUUGCGAGAAGGUCCGGACUGUGUGGCGCCAGGGUCGGAGUGCUUCCGUGUGCCUUGUCACAUUUUGUGCGUUAAAGUGAUACCGCCUGGGAAA